GGCCGCGCAGCGGUGAGAGGGCGGAGGAGACGGCAGAGCGGGGAGCGCGCGGGUCCACGCAAAUGCAGCAGUGACCCAAGAUGGCGGGGCCCGUGAUUGAAAACCAGGUUCAAGAUGGCGGCUUCCUACUUCCUCCCAAAGAGUAGCGCGUGGCCACUGAGGCCACGCCCACUUCCGGUCCCGCGCCCGCAGCAUGGCCGCUUUAGGUAUUCUGCUCUUCACAGGUGCCCGGAGGCUGCACGGCAGCGCGGCGGCUCGGGCGGGUAGCCAGUGGAGACUCCAGCAGGGCAUGGCUGCCAACCCCUCGGGCUACGGGCCCCUGACGGAGCUUCCAGACUGGUCUUACGCGGAUGGCCGCCCUGCUCCUCCGAUGAAAGGCCAGCUUCGAAGACAAGCCCAAAGAGAAAAAUUUGCAAGACGCGUUGUACUGCUGUCACAGGAAAUGGAUGCUGGAUUACAGGCAUGGCAGCUUAGGCAGCAGGAGAAGUUGCAGAAAGAAGAACAGAGGAAGAAAAAUGCUCUUAAACGCAAAGGGGCUGCUCUGCAGAGCCCACUGCCACGUCAAUAAAAAGCCACUCCUGUCUCUUCCCA